CUCUGUCUCUCAGCAGGUCUCGAGCUGACAGUGCGCUCGAGCCAGCGGAGAGAGCGCGCUCCUCGUGCGCUACGACCAUGGAGACGUCCGGGAGUUUUGGAGCAGGAGGACGUCGGUGCGCAGCCGCCAGGGACUCAUGUUCCCUUCCUGACCCGAGGAGACGCGUGGAUUGUGAUGCUGUGGAUGAAGUGGUGGAAGUGUUGAACUGAAGUUUUUACGCAUUUUGCUGCUCUGGAGUGUGUUGGGCAGUUCGGCCAAUUUGACAGCAGCCACACGGGAUACAGGAGAGGACCCAUUAGAAAACCAUGCACUGUUCAUAUCCAUGGAGAGAUGGCAUGCGUGCUCCUCCUCAGUCGACUUCUCCCCUUCUCGCACCGGCUCACGAGAACCUCCAUCUGCCUGCUCUCCCUGUUCCUGUCCUACCUGUGCUACUGCGCACUCUUCCCCGUGGGCACCGUCAUGCACAGGUCAGGUGAUGCGCCGCCGAGCUGUCAACUCGUCCCGGCCGAUGGAGCCAAAAGGCGGCUCCAGAAAUCCUCCCUCUCCUGCGUCUUGCAGUUGGAGGCGAGACCGAGCAGCGCCGAGGUGCAGCCCCGGGAGAAGAAGCCCGAGCAGCGCGCCUCCUCCUCCUCCUCCUCCUCCUCCUCCAGUCACCUCCUCGCCGUCAGGAGCGACACUCCCAGUCCUCUGAUGGGGAAUUCAAAGUUUGGGAAUAAAAAGUUGCCGAACGCGAUCAUCGUUGGUGUGAAAAAGGGAGGGACGAGAGCCGUGCUGGAGUUCAUCAGGAUCCAUCCAGAUGUGCGAGCAGCUGGCACAGAGACGCACUUCUUCGACAGGAACUAUGACAGAGGCCUGGAGUGGUACAGAGGUUUAAUGCCAAGGACUCUUGAAAGCCAAAUAACGAUGGAGAAGACGCCAAGCUACUUUGUGACUAAAGAAACACCACGCCGGAUCUCCGCCAUGUCCCAGAAUACCAAACUCAUCGUAGUGGUGCGAGACCCCGUCACUCGUGCAAUAUCCGACUACACUCAGACGUUAUCCAAAACCCCCGACCUGCCGACCUUCCAGGAGCUGGCCUUCAGGAACCAGUGCCUGGGCAUAGUGGACACGUCCUGGAAUGCCAUCCGCAUCGGCCUGUAUGCUCUGCACCUCGAAAACUGGCUCCGCUACUUCCCCCUGGCUCAGAUCCACUUUGUGAGCGGGGAGCGUCUUAUCACAGACCCGGCAGGGGAGCUGGCUCGGGUGCAAGACUUCCUCGGGUUAAAGCGCAUAGUCACAGACAAACACUUCUAUUUCAACCGCACCAAAGGUUUCCCCUGCCUUAAGAAGCCAGAGAGCAGCGGCUCGCCACGCUGCCUGGGCAAGUCCAAGGGCAGGACUCAUGUGCAGAUAGACAGAGAUGCUAUUGAGCAAUUGCGAGACUUCUAUAGACCUUAUAAUGUCAAGUUUUAUGAAAUGGUGGGUCAUGAUUUUAAGUGGGACUAAUGGUUUGUUUUUAAAUAGUGCAAGAAAAAUACAGUAUUAUAUCACGGCUAACUAUCAGCAGUCUCCAGACAAUUUGUGCAAAACAGCAAACGCAGUAUUAUUCUUUUUAAACAACACCAAUAAAAAAUAAAAUGUGAGAUGACAUUGCUUUUUGCACUUGCACGAUCGGGUGCCAGCCGCCAUCCUCAGCGUCCUGUUUGUUGCUAGAUAUAGACAUCAUUUCAGCUUCGGGAUCACAUGAUUUCUCCUCCUGUUACUGUUGGAUUGCUGCUGACUAGAUCCCCCCGUUUGCUGACUCGUUUGUAAAAAAAAAGAACGAAAGAGAGAGAGAGAGAGAGAGAGAGAGAGAGAGAGAAUUCCAGGGAAUGGGAUUAGUUCCUCUCGAAAAAACCUGCUUCACUAAUCAAGGCAGGGGUUUGAAAGCAAGACCUUGGAAAAUGUCAGCGAAGUCUUCAGGGAGAGCAGAAUUAAGCUGCAGCACUGUGGUGGUAAAUCCGAAGUGUAAAGCCAUAACACAAGUGUGACCCACCUAAUGUUCCUAACCGUUGGUCUCAUCAGUUUCUAUACGGAGCGAAAAGAUCCGUGUUUUUUCUUUUUUUUCAUACAUGCUAUUGCGAGCAGAACCUCACUUUGUAUUCUGUGCUCACGUCUGCAGAAAUCCAUGUUUAUAUUUUUGUUACAAACGGUAUUUAAUCAUUGCCUUACCCACAAUGCUCGUCCAUGAACGCCAUUAAAUGAAAGAGAUGCACAAAUACAAA